AUGUGUCAUUAACAAACAACUUAACAAGCAUUUUCUUCACACAGUUUAGUUUACUAUCACGUCACGUAGUUGCAUGGGCAGCUGUGGUAUUUAUGUAAUUCUUUGAUUAUUUGGUCAGAGGUUAAAGUCUUGUUCUGAUUUAAUUGACUUCCCGUUUCCGCAAUAAGCUAUUAUCUACUUGCAAGGUUAUAGAAGAACUUUUCCUAUGACAUUAAUGUCUAGUCUGGUUGAUUCAACUAAUUUAGAUUAGGCCUAAUUCUUGCUCCGAUAAAUAUCUCGUUCAGUAUCUUUGUAGUUUUAUUCAGGCAAUAGGGUAAAUAGACUAAAAUUCAAAUUGUUUAUAUUUUCCUUUUUAGCCUAUCUUCGUCAAUUAUCUUACCCUACCUCAGUGUUUUCUGAACCCUAAAGUUACCCCAGAAGAGGAAGGAUCAACAAUGUUUCGAUCAUCUCUCUGCCGAGUUUUUCGUGAACAAUCGAAGGUGGAACAGUAUUUCCGAUACAAUUAUGUCAAAAGAAACUACGCUGCACCAUCCGUGGCCACCAAACAGAGGGAAGACAAGGACAAAGAACCUGAGAAGAAAGCAGCAAAAGAAUCUCAGUCCUUUGUCAUGAAUUUGUUCCGAGGCACGUUGCAAGCAUCUCAAGUAUUUCCGUAUCCAGAAGUUUUGACUGAGGAGCAACACGACACAUUGAAAAUGCUGGUCGAUCCAGUCUCCAAAUUUUUUGAUGAACAAAACGAUGCAGCCAAAAACGAUGCCAUGGAAAAGGUGGACCCUGCUACAAUGGAGGGUUUGUGGGAGCUGGGUGCCUUUGCGCUACAAGUGCCUAACGAACUGGGAGGCCUGGGUCUUUGCAACACACAGUACGCUAGACUGGUGGAGAUUGUUGGGAGUCACGACCUUGGAGUGGGAAUCACCCUUGGUGCUCACCAGUCUAUCGGAUUCAAGGGUAUUUUGCUGUUUGGAAAUCCAGAGCAGAAGAAAAAAUACUUGCCUCGAGUCUCUACUGGGAAGGAACUGGCUGCGUUCUGCCUUACCGAACCUUCCUCUGGAAGUGACGCAGGAUCCAUUAAAACAAGAGCUGUGCCUUCUCCAGAUGGCAAAUAUUACACUCUGAAUGGAAGUAAGAUUUGGAUCAGCAACGGUGGAUUUGCUGAAAUAAUGACUGUGUUUGCCCAAACCCCAGUAAAGGACGAGAAGACAGGCAAGGAGGUAGACAAAGUGACUGCCUUCAUAGUAGAGCGUGGUUUCGGUGGCGUCUCUAACGGACCACCAGAGAAGAAGAUGGGAAUCAAAGCCUCUAACACUGCUGAAGUUUACUUUGAAGACUGCAAGAUCCCAGCUGAAAAUGUUUUGGGUGGAGUUGGUCAGGGUUUCAAGGUAGCCAUGAACAUUUUGAACAACGGAAGGUUUGGAAUGGCAGCUGCACUGUCUGGCACAAUGCGAGCAGUCACCAAGAAGGCUGUGGACCACGCCACCACUCGUGUGCAGUUUGGCCGGCGCAUUGACUCUUUUGGUGCCAUCCAGGAGAAGCUGGCCCGUAUGGCCAUGCUGCACUACGUCACCGAGAGCGUAGCCUACAUGCUCAGUGCCAAUAUGGACAGCGGCUCUAUCGACUAUCAUCUGGAAGCGGCCAUUUCUAAGGUGUUUGCUUCGGAAGCAGCGUGGUUUGUUACUGACGAGGCCAUCCAGAUCCUUGGUGGAAUGGGUUUCAUGAAGGACUGUGGUUUGGAGCGUGUCAUGAGGGAUCUCAGGAUCUUCAGGAUAUUCGAGGGAACCAACGAUAUCCUCAGGCUGUUUGUUGCUCUCACAGGUAUUCAGUAUGCAGGCAGUCACUUGAGGGAACUGCAGAAUGCAUUCAAGCACCCAGCCACUCACCUGACUCUGAUACUGGAGGAGGUGACGAAGCGAGGACUGCGCUCUGUGGGUCUCGGCUCCGUCCCUCAACUGGAGCACUACGUCGACCCUCAGCUCAAGAACCAUGCCACACUACUCGCCAAGAACAUCCUGCUGUUUGGCGAGUCUGUGGAGAAGUUGUUGAUCAAGUACGGUCGAGGUAUUGUGGACGAGCAGUUCCUCCUGAACAGACUGGCGAGUGCAGCGAUCGACACUUACACGAUGGCCAUUGUGUUGUCUAGAGCCACACGAUCACUGACACAUGGUCUGCCCUCCGCCCAGCACGAGCUUCUACUCACACAGGCCUGGUGUACAGAGGCCUCUGAGAGAGUAGCUCAGAAUCUUGGAGCCUUGACUUCCGCCUCUCACAAGGAGACUUACAGCAAGAUGGCCACCAUCGCCAAGAACAUAUGUGAUAACGGAGGGUUUGUGCAAAAGAACCCUCUUGGUUACUGAGAUAUUUUAUUUUGUUGAAUUAUGUUGAUUAUUUUUUAAUUCCAAUAAGGCUGCACAAUUAUUUGUUUCAUGUGAAACGGAAAGGUUCUAUGGAUUGUUACCGACUUGUAUAUAAAUAAUUUCUUAUCAAGUAAUAUAACCGAAUUUAAUCUUUUAUAAUGUAUUCAAGCCUAAUAAACUUCAUCUUGUCAUUCAUCAUGUCAUGUUAUUUUAAGUAAAUCGUAUUUUUAGAAAUAAAUGUUUAUUCUUUUA